CUAUUAUACUGAACCUACUCUACUCCUUUGAGUUUGAAAAAUCCUAUUUUUAUAAUUUAUAGCUAUUCAACGAAGAUAAGAGUAAUUGCGAUUUGACGACACUUGAGAGAACUGAGCUUGACCUGAACUGACCGGACGUCAGAGUCUGCAGACAUGGCCUUCCGGGACGAUCACACGGAAGUCACCCCUCCCUACUCCAGGGUCUUCGUCGUCUGCGGCAAACUCAAUGAGGACGACCUCAGACCUCUGUUUGAAAAGCACGGCGAAAUCGAAGACCUUUACAUACCCAGAGAUCGAAACACCGGAAACGGUAAAGGCGUAGCCUAUGUAAAAUACUUCAAAACCUCGAGUGCCGCCGCCGCCAUUGAAAAGCUCCAUCUUAAAAAAGUCGACAAGCACUCUAAACCUCUGAAAGUCAUGGUUGCUAAUCAAAAACAUGACACUGAUAUAGUCAGCGAGGAUAAAUACAAGCGCCUGUUCAUCAAAGUAUCGAGGCAAGCCUCAGAGAGCGACGUAAAACACCACUUCUCCGAGUUUGGUUGUGUGGAAUUCGUUAAGAUGCCCAAGGACAAAUCGACCAAAGAAAGCAAAGGUUUCGCGUAUGUACAGUAUAAGACGUUCCUUGACGCUGCGAAGGGGUAUGAAGGGUGCGAUCGCAAGUACAGACCAAUGUUCGCAACACCUAAAGAGGAGCUGCAACGUAGUAGAAGCGGUCAAGGCCAAGACAAUUCGAUGAGUGGAUGGCCGGUUAUGCAACCCGAAAAUAUGUUCUAUCCGCAACCGGUUUACCCUCAAAAUUCUGUGAGCUCCAUGAUAAAUACCCCAUCUGACGGCUACGUCUCGAUUAAUGUAACUUGCAGCCCUCAAGUCCCUCAGCAACCUCUCGAGCAACUCUUCAACAUAGUACCAGGAAUGCAAGAGUUCGAGUUCUCCGUCGACCCUUACAACGGCUAUUCAAAAGCGUUAGUCACAUACGCAAACGCGUCCGCGGCAGCAUAUGCCGUCGAAAAAAUCAACAACUAUCAGUUCCCUUCAGGCGAAAUUCUUACUGUGAAACCGGAGAAUCAGUUAAAGAGAGUGGCCAACGACUUGACUAAUAUGGUCGACGUUUUUAAGAAGUCUCUAGACGGGGGUGGUCCGAGCCCUAACCUCAUGGAGCUAGCUGAAGCCAUAGCUCAAGCGUCGUCGUUGAUUAAACAAGCGACUUCCAUACAAGUUGAGACUGGGCAUCACAUUGAUACCCGUGUUGAUCGUCCUCAGCUUGAUGAUUUUUGGAGCUCUCUACCGCCAUCGCAGCCGAUGCUCGAUCGUGACACCAGGGUCGCAAAGCGUUGCUUCAUAGUAUUCCAUCCUCACCCGCCUGCGCCCGCUUACUUAAGAGAUAUCUUCUGCCGCUUCGGAGAUCUGAUAGACGUGUCGACAAUAUCUAAUAAAACCUAUGGCUACGCAAAGUACGGGUCCAGGAGAGCCGCCGAUAACGCGAUGGCGUGUCUCCAUGGAAAGACUGUGAACGGGAUCAGAAUGAAGGUUCUGGAAGCCGAGGAGAAACCGCCGAGAGAUGACGAUGAUGAAAUGGACGGAAGACGGAAGAGAUCUCGGAGAGACGAUGACUAAACACUAUUUUUAAAUGAAAUUAGUAGUAGUGGUAUAGAUUACCGGAGCACAGAGACGACCAAAUAAUAAAGUGACUAGGGUCAAUUGCACCAACCACAUUUUACAGAAAACAGUGAACUGAGAAAUAUACCAUACAACAGAAUUUAACAGACUGUUUUGUGCAACCGACCUUUACGCGGUUAUCACACUUAAUGCUGAUUCGCACGUCACUCCAGUGUAUGAGUGUUAGGGGGCCUACCGCGAAAACCGAAACCCGCAUUUUGCGGGGAUCUUUCUCUUUUACUCCAAUGAAGGCGUAUUUAGAGUGACAGAGAAAGAUACCCGCAAUUUGCGAACUUCGAUUGUCGCGAUUAUAGCCCAUAUGUCCAGAAGCGGCGUGUGAAUCGGCAUUCAACUUUUACACCGCCUUACUCAAUGACAAUCCGAGUGUUUACUAUUUUAGAGACAAAACCAAUGUUUCCGUGAGGCCAUAAACGUAACAUAAAGCUGUCAAUAGAUGGUGGAGCUCCCCACACCGACGAAAAAUAUACGAGUGAAAGAAAGACAGUGAAACUAGACGUCUCUUGUUGUAGAGUAUAAUUUUUUUAGAGAAGAACGCAAUUUUGUCGAGUUUUUAUUGUUUUUCGUCCGUUUUACUUUCAGGAAUAACGAUUUUAUACUCAACGUAAUGCACACUCUAUUUUUUCAUUAAAACACAAUUCAUUCUUAAAUCCAUUUUGCUCGUAAUACAAAAAAUACCUAAAUUUAGGUAAUGCAAGUUAUCGGCCAAGAAAAUUGAUAUCUGAUUGUUUUUCCCAUUGGAAUAUCCUUUUUCGUAUUUGCAUGUAACUGUGUUUUAACGUAGGUUAAUAGUAGAUUUAAGGCCUAGAAUAUUAGUUUUAAUAUUAUAAUAAGUACAUUUGUAGUAACUAAAAUUAAAACAGAGUAAUCUUAGCCUCUGGGUC